GAUCUCUGGGGUCGGACCGAGUGGGGUGAUGGCGUCUUAUUCCAGGAGACCCCCGGGGCCCACAGGAGAGAGGAUCCCCCUGGCCACGGCUGCCUCUGCCGCUCCUUCGCGUUCGGGACCGGGAGAGGUUCCCGCGUCUGGGAAGGGACUGCCUGGUGCCGGUUGGACUUGCCUUCCUCCCCCAGCCCCCACCCCCUUGGUUGGACCCCUCUGCUCACCUAGGACUCUUCUGCCCCCAGGAGCCCAGUGGGGCCGAGGCUGCCCCCGAGCCCGAGCCGCUGGGCUGCUGUUGACCCUUUGUUCUCACCAUCAAGUGACUCAGGCUGCUCUGCGAUUGCCAAGCCUGGACCAAACCCCGGGGGAGAAAACUGAGGAUUCUCUCGCUCAGGCACCGUUCUAAGUACAAAUAGAAAUUGGCUAUGGAUAAUUCAUAUGCUUUCAAUCAACGAAGCUCAUGUAAUGGAAUUCCAUCUGAGAAUACAAACAACUUACUUGUGUCAGAAGAUCAUGGACAGAAAAUCUUGAGUGUACUACAGAAUUUUAGAGAACAAAAUGUCUUUUAUGAUUUCAAAAUAAUCAUGAAAGAUGAAAUAAUCCCAUGUCAUCGUUGUGUGUUAGCAGCGUGCAGUGACUUUUUCAGGGCUAUGCUUGAAGUAAACAUGAAAGAAAGAGAUGGUGGGAGUGCUACCAUUACCAGUUUGUCCGCCGAAGCAGUAAAAGCUUUUCUUGAUUAUGCCUAUACUGGGAAAACAAAGAUAACAGAUGAUAAUGUGGAAAUGUUCUUCCAGGUGUCCUCGUUUUUUCAAGUUCCCUUCCUAUCCAAAGCCUGCAGUGACUUCUUAAUAAAGAGUAUUAAUAUUGCCAAUUGUUUACAGUUGUUGUCCAUAGCGGAUAGCUAUGGCUCCCCCCGUUUGUUUGAUCAUGCGCUAUACUUUGUGCAACAUCACUUCUCCUUGUUGUUUAAGUCCAGCGAGUUCUUAGAGAUGAAUCUUGGAGUAGUGCAGAAAUGUCUGGAAUCGGAUGAGUUAGAUGUUCCUGAAGAAGAAACUGUCCUGAAAGUUGUCCUGAACUGGACUAAAUAUAACUUAGAAGCAAGGCAAAAGCAUCUGCCUUAUUUGAUUAAAAAAGUAAGACUACAUCAAUUACCUGAGGAGACACUUCAAGACUGUCUGCUUAGUGAAGAGUGUUUACUCAAAAACACCAACUGUUUUGACAUAGUCGUGGAUGCAAUUAAAUGUGUGCAAGGUUCUGGUGGACUUUUCCCUGAUGCGCGGCCAUCCACAACUGAAAAAUACAUCUUUGUUCACAAAACUGAGGAAAAUGGCGAAAAUCAACAUACAUUUUGCUAUAAUAUCAAAACUGAUUCGUGGAAAAUACUGCCACAAUCACACCUGAUUGAUUUGCCCGGAUCUAGUCUGGCAAGUUACGGAGAAAAAAUAUUCUUGACAGGUGGUUGCAAGGGGCCGUGCUGUCGAACAGUUCGGCUUCAUAUUGCAGAGUCAUAUCAUGACGCCACUGAUCAAACCUGGUGCUAUUGUCCAAUCAAAAAUGAUUUCUGCCCAGUAUCAACCAUGAAAACACCCAGAACCAUGCAUACAUCGGUGAUGGCUCUUAAUAGAUUGUUUGUCAUAGGUGGGAAGACGACGGGAUCUCAGGACAUCAAAAGUCUCCUAGACGUUGAAUCUUACAACCCUUUUUCCAAAGAAUGGAUGUCUGUUAGCCCGUUACCCAGGGGCAUAUACUACCCCGAAGCAAGUGCAUGCCAAAAUGUAAUUUAUGUGCUUGGAUCAGAGGUAGAGAUUACAGAUGCCUUUAACCCAUCGCUUGAUUGCUUUUUUAGAUACAACGCUACAACUGAUCAGUGGUCUGAAUUAGUAGCAGAGUUCGGGCAGUUUUUUCAUGCCACACUAAUUAAAGCUGUCCCGGUAAACUGCACGCUGUAUAUAUGUGACCUUUCCACCUACAAGGUUUAUAGUUUUUGUCCCGAGACUUGUGUCUGGAAGGGUGAAGGAUCUUUUGAAUGUGCAGGCUUUAAUGCAGGUGCUGUUGGAAUUGAGGAUAAAAUUUACAUAUUAGGCGGUGACUACGCACCCGAUGAAAUCACAGAUGAAGUGCAAGUCUACCACAGCAGCAGGUCCGAGUGGGAGGAAGUGUCACCGAUGCCAAGAGCCUUAACUGAGUUUUACUGCCAGGUGAUUCGGUUUAACAAAUACCGGGACCCCUGGUUUUCUAACCAUUUCUAAAAGCAGUGUGUGCUUAGACAUUGUAAAACUCUUCCGGUUCUAGAAACCUAGGGGAAGUUUGUUAAAUAACAGUCGGUAAAAAAAGGUCUAUACAUCUUAAAUUAAAAUUUACCUUCUAUUAGAGAAUUACUGUGAAUGUACACUGUGUAAGAAUUAGCAGUUCCCAGAAACUUAAAAUAUAAAAUGCAUUUUACCAAAAACUAUACUGAAUAUAAUUUAAUCUUGGAGAAUCCAGAAUACUUGUAUUGUCUUCUGUAAAUAAAACUCGAAGCUUGAAUGUUUUCAUUUUUAACAAUGAAAUACAAAACCAAUCAAAUAGUAAAAACAAAGUUCACAGAUUUGUACUAUGUAAAUGGGAGACAUCUCUUUAGGUAGUAAAAAUGAAUUAUGUACACUAUAUUUUAUGAACUGAAAAAUAAAUUACAAAGGUGAGAAUCCUACCCUGUUACUACAGGUUUAAGAGUUACUGAAUUCCUAUCCUUUCUGAUCAUAGUUAGCUUCUUUUAAGUACUUUUUUCUUUCACCAUUAUUUGGUCAGAAAUUUUGCUAAAAUGCAAUGUGUUUCCCCAGCAUCCUAAACUGUACACUGAACAUGAACAUUUUUUAUAAUUCAACUUUUUAAUGAGUCAACUCCUCAUUAGGAGUGUAAUGUACCAUAUUAUACUUUCAUAAUGCUACCAGCAGUUACUGAAAUGUUUUUAAAAUUGCCGUUCCUAUUAGAACUCAGUGUUAGUUGGCUUUGAUGUCUUGCAGUAUGUCUCCCUUAUUUUCUGGCUCAAGCUCAAUAAAUUAACAUUCUUGAUUUAAUAUUAGUUCUAAGUGACACUGCCCUGAGUUUACUUAACAUGUGUGAAGUUCUUGGAUUCUUGGAUGGAAAUGCUGAGACACUUUUUCUGUAUCAUCGCCAGGUUCCAACAUCAUUGAGGAUAUAGGCAGUCGGACCUCUGGCUAGUGGAUCAUUAUCAUUGCAUUUCUUAAACUAUUAAAUGCCCAACUUUGUGUUGCAAACAGGAAUUUCAGCACUUAAAUUAGUACCAUAUGAGUUUCCUGUGAUGAUAGCCAAGUGUAAACCACCAGGUUGGUCUGUUACUUUAGUAAAUUAUUCAUAGUGAAUUAUUUUCUAAAUUAAGAACAAAAUUUAAAUUUAGAAAAUGUUGGUAUUGAUAGUAGUUUUCACAACCAACAUCUGUUUAGAUGUUUCAUCAUCUUUAACCCAAACAAUGGAAGAGUACUCAUCAUCCUUGUUCUCAGCUAGGAUGAUUCUGGCUUUGCAAAAGGAUAUGCUUCUUUAAUCAGUUUAAAAGAUAUAAGCAUUUUAGGUUUUAAGACCCCCUAUUUACAUCUCAGGCAAUGUGUAGAUUGGAUUUCUCCAAUGUAGUUCCCAUACUCUAGUAAAUGUUAAUCUGUUGUAAAUGUCCAUAUUCUUUAGAAGUAUGUUCCAAAGUAGAAAUAUACCUAAGUGAAGGUUCUUUUAUUUUAUCAUAUAAAUGUAUACAAUCAUAAGUUCAAAUGUAUUUUUCAAAAUAGAUUAGGAUAUUAGAACACAUUAUCAUGCAAUUACAAAACCAGGGACUGGCCCUAAUCAGAUAGGAAGUAUUCUGUAGAAUUGGUGGCCUUCUUCCCUGCCUACCUUAGUUGGCUCCUCUCUCUCUCUCUCUCUUUCUCUGGCUUUGAAAACAAAUUUACACCAUAACAGUGGGUGGCUUAUAUGUAUGUGGAUUCACUCAACUCUAUCACUCUUCUCAUCGCCCAUUGAUUAAUGGUAAUGUUUCUGGAAAUAGCCUUGUAAUCCAGGCCUGGGUGGCUCCCUCUGCAUUUGGUAUAAUAUACUUUCUAAUGCACAGGGCCUCCUGCCUUGGUUUCUGUAAUUGCUGCAGGCUAUGUAAUCAUUUUUCCUGUUGCCAUCCCUUUACAUCUGUACCCACGUGCUCUUCAGCGUUUAUAUCUGCCAGAAAAGUAUUCUCUCUAGUCCCAAAUCCCCAAACUCUUCCUUUACUGUUCCUUUUCCUUGGCCCAAUUGUAACCUGUGGUAGGCUUGUCCCUGUUAAUAGUUGAUGUUGUUCUAAUUGUGUGCCUUCUUAUAAGAUAACACUUUAAUUUGAUCUAUCUGCACUGGUUCUGUGUAUUCAAAAAUCCUCAAGCACCCAACCACACAGACACAUGGUCAGUGACUGAACUGGUUAUAUGUUUUUGAUCUUGUCAAUCACCAUGGCUUCACUGCCAAGAACCGUGUGUGUGUGUGUGUGUGUGUGUGUGUGUGUGUGUGUGUGUGAAUAAAUUCAGAUCUCACUCUCCAUUCUGGAUCUCUGACGUGCAAGUUUCAGUGUUUUCUCAUCUAUUCAGUACCCCAGAAGGAGCCAUUUUUUCUGCCUCUAAGAUUAGGGAAGAGAGAAUAAUAUUCUUUUAUCGGUGACCUCUUCCUUAAGUAUUUUUUUCCUUUCUAGUCUGAUUUUCUUUCAUUAUCAUUCUUCAGCCACUGCCGCAGUGUAAGAGACAAAAUGAUUGUGCUCAUUAUCCAGCUUGCUUUCAAUCUUGUGGAAGAACUCUAACACUUUUAAUCCUUUAUCAUUUCUCUUGCUCCACUACAUUUGGAUUAUGCACACACAAAAAAUGCUGAUAUUGUAAAUCUUGUAAAAUUGAAAGUAGGUAUAUGGCAUUAUUAAAUGUAAAAAAGAUUACACUUAACAUUUUUUGAAAUAAAUUCAAAGUUAAUGGAUAUUCCUAGAGUGAUCUUCAAACUUGACUUAAAAUGUGGAGCAUCUUUUAUUCAUCUGUUGCCUGGAAGAGGGAGCAUAUGAAGAAUAUUCGAAUAAUCAAAAUUGACUACAUUCCCAAAACACUCAACUGUAGUUUGGGGAUGGAAAGAGGUCUUUAUCACCACAUCCUGCAACAUAAUUCCAUUUUCCCCAGAUACCAAGAAGAGCAAUUGAGUGUAUGUUCAGUGUACCCAGUUCAAGUUACACGAUUCGGGAAUCGGAGUCAAGUAUAGAGGGAAGCAUUUGUUUGCAUUUUGAGAUAUGGAAGCAAUAAAUUUAAUGUAAUGAUUAAAUAUAUUGUUGACUAUAUAAUGUUACUUUUAGAUCACCAUUCUCAGUUUAAUUGGAUCCAGUGUUUGGAAUAUCUUUUCUCAUAUUAAGAAUAGAAUUUGUAAGACUCAAAAAUGUCUCCCAAUAGGCAGCUCUAGAGGGCAACCUAAAAGCAAAGGCUAGAAUUUGUAGGGAAGCAGAUUCCUGUUCAACAUAAGAAAAAACUUUACUCCAAAUUAUAAAGCCACAUAUAUAAAGAGACAAAUGAUCAAAGACUGAGGCAUGUGGUACAUGAUUAGUCCAAUAAAUUCUUACACGGGAAUGCACACCCCAAGAUUUCUACAUUCUAUUUACAUCCACCUUUUUAUCUUAAUAGUUUUCUGACAUGUGACUAAUUGCUUUCUCCUCCAAUUUAUUCAGGAUUUUUGUAACAAUUUCAAUGGUUCUGCAUACUUAAGAUUUAAAUAGGAUUUGAGUCUUAAAACUACAUCAUUUCAAGAGCGUUCCUAUUAAAAUUUGUUCUGUGUUCUUUAAUUACUCAGGAAAAAGUCUGCAAAUGGUGCUGACAUAAUGGUAAGUUGCUAAUAAGGAUUUUUCCUUCUGCCUACCAUAGGUGCACAUUUGUUUUAUAUAAAUAGAAACUGAAAGACCAGUACCUAACAUUUUCUUCUGAAUUAUUGUUCUUAUUUUGCUGCUAAUGUAUCUAUAUAUUUAAAUGUAGUGAUUCUCAUUAAAGGUUGUGUGAUUUAAGAGAAAUCUUUAUAUCUUAAAAAUGUAGGUGUAUUUUGUAAUAAUAUUUCAUGGCACUAUGAUGCUUAAUCAAAUUUAAUAUCUAAAUAGGGGAUAUAAUCAGAGGAUGAUGCUAUCACAUCAAAAGACAACUAUUCUAAACCAUAUUAAAACUUGAAAACAACCAAAAUAACCUUAGCAUCUAAUACAGCUUUCACCUGUUACAGAAAGCCCCUCUAAAUUCUAAAACAUCCUUGAACGAUGAUUUUUUUAAAAUUUGUAAGUCAAUGUUUUCAGUGGUAAAGAGCUCACCACUCCAUUUUUGAGCAGUUCUAUUGGAAAGUUCUUCCUAACAUUAAAAGCAAUUCUGCCUCCUGGUAAUAAUUUCCAGCCCUUCGUCCUAGAUUGCUGUCUCCAUAAGUGUCCCACUUCUCUAAGAUCAAAGCCUCAUUUUCCUUCUUAUUUACAUGUUUAGCAAGCACUUUAAAACCUGCCACAAUGGCCAGGACGGCAUGCUUCUCCUUGUAUAACUGCCUCUGUGGUGGGUUGCACCUGACCAGCAUCACAGAAACUCUUGAUAAUUCAGACAUCUCUGUAGAUCCUAUUAAUCCAAUUUGGGCUGGAGCCUUUCUUCUCUCUUCUCUCUUCUCUCCUCUCUUCUCUCUUCUCUCUUCUCUCUUCUCUCCUCUCUCUCUCUCUCCUAUCCUCACUCCCUCCUUCUACUCUUAUCAACAUAACCACAUCAUAUUUUCUGGGAGAGGAAUUUUAAUGUCUUUUUAUCAUGUGUCAUUGGAUGCGGUUUUCAGAAUUUUAAAAACACAUCUAAAACAAGACUUGAAAAAGUGUACACAAAAAAAGAAAGAAACCAAAGUAGUCACAUCCUUGAUGGUUAAUGAGGACAAUUUACUUGCAAAUUAAUCAAGACCAGCCUUAUGGUAAUAACGAUCUAAGUUUGGAGAUUCAUCUGUGCUGUUAACCAGUUGGAUAGAGUAUAUUUCCAUAAAACAGUGCCAUUAUUAUAAAAAAAACUUUAUGGGUCACAUAGCUGUAUUCAUUUCAAUAUCUUUGGCCACAUUCCCAACCAUAACUGUCUAGCUCAACAAAUUAUUAAUUUGGUUCCAAGGGUAACAAGGCUGCUGGAGUAAUGAGAGCAGCACAGUUCUCUGAGUAUCAUGAUUGUGUAAAUAUUUCUUUACAUGUCUGUCUUCCUCAUUAAAUUGGAAGCUCUUAGGAAUAGGGACGUACAUUCCUCAUUACUGGACCUAGUAAUUAGCACAGUGUCUGCAUAUAAUAAGGCAUCCAAUAACUGAUAAUAUAUUGAGCUAAUAUGUGAAGUAAAAUAUAUUAGUUAUAUUGUUAAUGAAUGGGUUUGAUACAAUUGUACAUUUUGCAGCUUUUUUCAUGUACAAAGGAAAUUAAUUGGAUUUGGAUUUUACAUUUUAGAAUGCUAUCACAUUGUACUUGAGUUAUUUAUGUCUUCUUUUUAAAAUAUUUGAUAUCUUUUUCGUUUAAAGUCUGAGAAAUUGGGUUCGGUAACUCAUACAACUUCAAUUUUUGUUAGUAUAUGGGAAAGUUAAUAAUGAAGCAUUUUUUAAUUUGAGAGUGAAAUUGCAUUAUUCAGUGCACUGCCCACCUUUGGAGAACAUGUAUAGUUGAUUAUAUAACUGUACAGGAUAUGCAUAGUUGGUUCUUGAAAGUGAAAUUAUAGAUUCAAAGUCAUUUAUCCACCUAAUUUUUUAGUGCUUAUAGCUUAUUUAUUCUCAGUGAAUUUUAUUUAUACUAAUUCUCUGUUUCCUUUCAAAGGCAAUAAUAGAGAAGACAACGACUACACAUUUUAUUAUUAGUCAACCGUUUCUCCUAUAAGAGCAUGAUAGUUUUAGUGGCCUUUUUCCCAUUUGGGGGAUAGUGCUCAAAGCUACUUAUAUUGCAUACACAAGUAAUUUGCUUAAUUUCUCUGUCAUUGGAAUGUGGGCUUUUCUCAUAGGCUGUGAGAAAUAAAAUCAGCAUUUUCGCAGGUUCAUGUUAACCAGAUUAACAUGUAAUAAAACAUGUCCAUUCUAGAAAACAAUUAUUUAUUAAAGUGUAUCUCAGAAAAGAAUACAUUGUUUGUAUUUAUUGUCAUCAGAAAUAAAAGGGGUAGAUAAAGGUG